UUUAGAAAAAGAGGUUUAUGAUUUUUGAAGUUCAACAGCAGCUGCGCUGGUAACGCACAUGGCCUAGCUCCUUCCGCUCCUAAGAAACCUACUCUUGCAAUAAACAAACGAAUUCCCCUAAUAAAUACAAAUUACCAAACCGAUUUUACUUGCACCUUCUUCAACUGUUCUUGUUCUUGUUCUCCCAAGUCAAAUCGAGUUUACUUUAGUGGUCGAAAUUAUUAUUGACUAUUAUUAUUGGAGAUUCCAUGCUCGAGAAAAGAGCAAUGAGUGUAUUUGAAGGCACGGACCCCACAUGGGUGCUGGGGUUGGUCCUAUGAGAUGCCAAUGCCAUUAAUGUUUUACACAUUGCCCCAUGUCCCAAAACCAUAACUUUCCACACACAUGAGGGAGUAGUAGUAGUCAAUGUCGUCUAUUUAACCAUAUUGUUACUCCUUUGUGUACUUUUUCUUUGAUGGGUAUGAGUGGUUUUUUGUUUUGCCCCUUUGGUUUAGGUUUUUUCCUUUUGUUUGUUUGUUAGGGGUAGACAGAACUUGGUGGUUGACCUAAACUCAGUGGUGAUUAGGAAUUUGGGUUUUUAGGGUUCCAAUUUUUAUUUUUUGGGAAGUGGGUGUAACCGUAGUGGAGUGGUUCUAGGGUUUUUUGAGGUGGUGUUGUUGUUGAUUGAAUCUAUUGGUGGUGGAUUCGGCUCUUUUGGUUUGUUGGGCUGCUGGAAUUUUUGAUAAAGGUUGCGUCUUUGGAGGAAGGGGAUAGAAAGAAGCUGCAUUGUGAAUCAAUUUUGAGGAGGGUGAAUUUGAGGCCAAGUGGGUCUAUGUGGGUUUGAUUAGUCAAUUGAACUUAGAUCUGUUCUUGACUCGGUUUUGUGAAGUAAUUGGUGUUCUCUUUUGGGAUUUAAGGAAAUGGCUUGUGUGAAAUUGGGUUCCAAAGCUGAUGCUUUCCAGCGGCAAGGGCAGGCCUGGUUCUGCACGACUGGGCUUCCUAGUGAUAUAGUUGUUGAAGUUGGAGAGAUGUCAUUUCAUCUUCACAAGUUCCCCUUGCUCUCUAGAAGUGGGGUUCUGGAAAAAAUGAUUGCCAAGGCUUCUGAGUCAGAGGAAGAAUGUGUCAUAUCCCUCGGUGACAUUCCUGGUGGGGCCAAAACAUUUGAACUCGUGGCAAAAUUUUGUUAUGGUGUGAAACUUGAACUUACAGCAUCAAAUGUUGUGUACCUCUGGUGUGCUGCGGAGAGUCUUGAAAUGACUGAGGAAUAUGGUGAAGGUAAUCUUAUUUCACAGGCUGAAGCCUUUUUCAAUCAAGUGGUCCUCCGUAGUUGGAAAGACUCUCUGAGAGCACUUCAAACCUGUGAUGAUGUUUCGGCCCAUGCUGAAGAGCUCCACAUUGUGAAAAGAUGCAUUGAAUCACUGGCAGCAAAGGCAUCUACUGACCCAAAUUUAUUUGGGUGGCCAGUGCUGGAGCGUGGUGGUCCCUUGCAGAGCCCUGGUGGAAGUGUUUUGUGGAAUGGAAUAAGUACUGGGGCAAGACCAAAAAAUUCGAGUUCAGAUUGGUGGUACGAGGAUGUAACAAAUUUGAGUUUACCUCUUUUUAAGACAUUGAUAGCUGUCAUGGAAUCUCGAGGCAUUAGGCAGGAAAUUAUUGCCGGUUCUCUUGCUUUCUAUGCUAAAACAUAUCUGCCUGGGUUAAAUCGACGUCAGGUUUCUGGCGAGUCCAGUACCCGUCUGUCACAGGUAGCCAUGGGGUCUCCACUAUCAGAAGACAACCAGAAGAUUCUACUGGAAGAGAUUGAUGGAUUGCUCCCAAUGCAGAAGGGCCUGGUUCAAACAAAGCUCUUGUUUGGUCUACUACGAACAGCCAUGAUUCUACGAGUGAGCCCCUCUUGCAUAUCAAACUUGGAGAAACGGAUUGGCUUGCAGCUUGAUCAAGCUACUCUGGAAGAUCUCUUGAUGCCAAAUUUCUCAUAUUCAAUGGAGACACUUUACAAUGUUGACUGUGUGCAAAGAAUUCUUGAUCAUUUCCUUGCCAUGGAUCAGGUUACUGGAGGUGCCUCUCCAUGCUCAAUUGAUGAUGGUCAAUUGAUUGGAUCGCCUUCACUGACUCCAAUCACCACGGUAGCAAAGCUGAUUGAUGGUUACCUUGCAGAGGUUGCACCUGAUAUUAAUUUAAAACUUCCCAAGUUUCAAACCCUUGCCGCUGCUGUUCCAGAGUAUGCCAGGCCUUUGGAUGAUGGUUUAUAUCGUGCCAUAGAUAUUUAUUUUAAGUCUCACCCAUGGUUGGUGGAGUCAGAGAGAGAGCAACUAUGUAGGCUGAUGGAUUGUCAGAAGCUCUCAUUAGAAGCAUGCACUCACGCUGCACAGAAUGAGAGGCUACCCAUCAGAAUAAUAGUUCAAGUUCUAUUUUUUGAGCAGCUCCAGCUUCGCACUUCUAUUGCCGGUUGCUUUCUAGUUUCAGAUAACCUCGAUGGAUCGAGGCAGUUGAGAAGUGGUUUUGUCGGAUCUACGGAGGGUGGCUGGGCGUCAGCCGUGAAGGAAAACCAGGUUUUGAAAGUGGGAAUGGAUAACAUGAGGAUGAGGGUGUCUGAGCUUGAGAAGGAGUGCUCAAACAUGAGGCAGGAGAUUGAGAAAUUGGGUCGGGUGAAGGGAUCGAGCGCUUGGGGAACUGUGUCUAAGAAACUUGGGUUUAAGUUAAAGUCUCAGAUGUGUAGUGCUCAAGAAGGGUCUGUUAGCAACCAGAACAAUGCAAAUAAUACGGUUGAGAAGUUGAAGGAAAGACAUGUAAAGCACAAGAGAAGUUCUUCUAUUAGUGACAAAGCAUCAGUCUCUUCAAUUGUUCAUUCGUAGUGUCCACAUGUUAAUUUACUCACAAGGUACUUUGCUCUCAUGAUACUGUGUCAUAUUGACUAAUCAAUUUUCUUUGCCCUUGCUUCUUAAGCAAGUGUAACUGAUGGAAACAAAAGUCUCUGUAUUGUGUAAAACCGUAGUUUUAGCUUCGUUCCCCCACCCCCUUCUAUUCCUUUGUCCCACUACAUCUGCAUAUAAAAAAAUUCCAUGCACAUUGUCUCCUACUUGUCCAAAAUAUUCAUUUGUUUGAAUUUUAAUAGAGGUAUGUCUAAGGAUUUAUUCCUUAAAA